GUAUUCUGUAGCGGUUCCUUUGGGAACCGGUUCCUUUGGGCUGUUGCCAUUGGUCGGCGUUUCGUUGUCGUCAUCCCUGGUGGGCGGGACGACAAAUUUUGAUGACGUCACACAGGUUGCCAAUCUUCUGGAAAGGAACCGGUUCCCUGCUAGGAGAGGAACCGCGGAGAAGUGGUUCUCUCGAGGGUCGCGCGCGGGGGCGAGCAUGAUGUCGAGGGUUGCUAGGGCAACCGUGGCUGCCGGCUAACCUCGCGCCAGCUGACGAGCCGGCACCUAGACGAGACGAGACAGAGACGGCAAUGGCGGCUCCUUUGGUUGUGUUGCAGGGGGGUGCCGAAAGACAACGACGCGACGAGAGGCAACGACGCGACGCGUUCGGCAUGGCCGAAGAAGAGUUUCGAAGGCAUUUUAGGCUCUCCAAAGACAUAGUGUGACGUCUUUGCGAUGAGCUGGAAGGACAUCUCGGACCUCAAAGAUUUCGUGGUGUCGAAAUUACGAUGAAAGUGCUGUGCGCGCUGCGGUUUUUUGCCACCGGGAGCUUUCAACAGUGCGUCGGGAAUGAAGAAGUGAUUGCACUGUCGCAGCCUUCGAUCAGCCGGAUCAUUACAGCCGUCGCCAAGGCCAUUACGGUUGUGGGCAAAGAAAAAGGAUGGGUUAGAUUCCCAUCCACGGCGCAACAGAAAGCCGCCGUCAAGGAAGGCUUUCUUAGCCGUGGAAAAAUUCCAGGAGUUCUAGGAUGUGUGGACGGGAGUCUGAUAGCCAUCGUUCGCCCUAAGAAGCUCGGCCCCGGCGAAACGGAAUCGUACUGGAGCCGUAAAGGGUAUUACGCCCUCAACUGCAUGGUCGUGUGUGAUGCAAAGCUGAAUAUCCUGGCAAUUGACCCACGGUUUCCGGGAUCGUGCCACGAUUAUUUCGUUUGGAGGCAUUCUGCAUUUCGCCGCCGCCUCACUCGUGGCCUGUUACUUCAUGGAGAAGUCUUGCUUGCGACAUGUGGUGCUGGAGUGAUUAUAAAGGAUCAAACGGGUAGCUCGAGUUCGGGUACCUUCACGAGAAGAGGGGACUCUGGGUACCCGCUAGAGCCAUGGAUCAUGACUCCUGUGCCUGGUCACCCAAAUCGCCUCACGGCAGAGGGGCGCUAUAAUGAGGCACACGCAUCAAUGCGAAAUGCCGUUGAGCGGUGCAUAGGAGUCAAGAGCCGCUUCCGAUGCCUGCAGAGGUAUCGGGUGCUCCACUACUCGCCUCAGAAAGCAGCCACUAUUGUUGCAGCUUGUGCAGCGCUGCAUAACCUCUGCCUUGCAGCAGGCGUGCCUCUGCCAGACGACCCAGGUGACGACGGUGCACAUGACGACAGCGCACAGGAGCCAGCCCAGGCACAAGUGCCGCUUCAAGUACAGGUGCCACCGCAGGCGCACCCUGUACAGCCUUCUCGAACUUUGUUUCAAAGAGGCCGUGCGGUGCGUGAAUCCAUAGUUGGUGUGUUUCGGCUGCCCAGAAAUUUGCGCAUUGCCUACCUGCAAAGUGUGCGCCGGCGCAUUCGCUGGCAAAUGAGGUGGAGACGUGCUGGUGUAACAUGUUUUAUUUUUAUUAUCAUAAAAGUAAAUAGGCCGUGCACUUCAACAUAACACAUUGCGUGUGCUCACAUGUGGCUAAUCAUAGUAUGCUGCAUACUGCAGUAGUUUAAAGCACAUGAUUUGUCUAUGUUGAGCAUGACAGAUACACAUGCAGUGACAAAUAACCAUGUGCCAUUAUGUUACUCCUUUGCUUUGUUCACUGUGCUUUUGAAUAUUGUCUCGCCAGGGAAUUUUCUUUAAAUAAAGGUUAUUUCCAAGGUGAAUGGCAACCAA